AUGUCACUGGAACAAACCAAUGUAAAAUAUGUCGCCUACUGGAGAAAACCUGUCAACGACUGGGGAAUAAAAUCUUGGUACCAGUUUUUCACUAUUAGUUCUCCACGAGCUUCAAAAACAAGGAUAAAUCAAGCCUUAAAUGAUGACCUCAUUGCAAUGAAAACCAAUCUAAAGCCUGGAACGAAGGCUUAUCAAAAAAUUUUAUCGAUAAACCACGAGUUAAAGAGCGAAUAUUACGUCCUGUUGUCUCAUAAAUGGGGAAGAAGAGCAAAAGAUAAAGAAAACCGAAUCGAGACAAAAAGCUUUAAAAGCAAAUCCGAUUUUAUUAAUUAUUUCACGAAAAAAUUAAAAAGACCCCCGCAAAAUGAAUGGAUCGUCAAUAAUAUAAACGUCACAAAAAGAUACCGUGAAUUUCAACAAGAAGCCUUAGAAGUACUUCAACGAGAUGAAUUAACAUGGGAUAAUACCCAAAAAAUCUUAACUUUAUCGUCGGUAAUUUUACUUGCUCAAAGUUGCCCAUAUCCAAACCACUUUACAAACGAAGAAUGGGAAUCAAUAACGGAUACAAAUCCGUACAAGACACAUGAACAAGUGAUGCCCGCCACCAUAUCACAGGCUUUACAUCAGUCUGUAAUCAAACACGCAUGUGGACAGGACAGUUAUAUGAACCUAGACAGAUCACAUCUAAGUAGAUUGACAUUGAAGAUAUUUAACGAGUUGCGAGAUAAUGUGCCCGAUCUUGCUCCCAAAAAAACAACAGAAUACGAACAUUAUUCAAUAUUCUUACAACCCUACAUUAAUAAUAUUUUUCUUAAAAGAAAUAAUGAAUAUAAUAUGUUCACUUGGAUUGUGCGGUUAAAAACUCGAAACAAAGGCCGGAUAUCUCUAAAGGAUAACAUAAAGGCUCAUUUACGAGCGGUUGAGGCUAUUAAUCAACAACUGUCAUCAAGAGGUAAACCCGGGAAAUCUGCAAUAUUUCUUAAUAGUGAUGCCAAUAGAGAAAAUCUUAAUGAAUUUUUAACUCAAAAUUUUAGCGCUUGUAAUUUACUUAUUGAAACUACAGGUGACGUUGCACAGACAUAUUUCGUAGAUUUACAAUUCGAUGGAUUGUAUCGAUCGUGGCCUUUCUAUACAACAAAAUUGCAUUAG